AUUCUUCUACUAGUGUCCGCCAUAUUGUGUCAGUGAGGGGUAGAAUGUGUCAAAAGUCAGUCCCAUAAAGUUCCCGUGUUCAAAUUCGCGAUCCAGCUACAGACGUUGUCAUGUUCUUGAGGUGAUAAAAUGGCCUGCCUAAACAGUCUCAAGCAAGAUAUCCGGGCAUUGGAAGCGUCGUUCCCGAAGAACCACGAACGAUUCCAAGUGGUAGCUGCGUCAGUGGAUGAACUCACUUGCAGAUUUAUCGGCCGCAAUGGGAAGAAAAUUGAAAUACACGCCAACAUCACAGAGACGUACCCCUCAACACCACCGGUCUGGUUCUCCGAUACUGAGGACCCAAGCAUUACGAACAUUGUUGAGCUUCUUACAAACACCGCAGGCCGAGACAACCACCUUCUUCAACAGGUGAAGCUAUUAGUCACAGAACUGUGCAAGGUCCACAGCUUGCCAGAACCAGCAGAGUUGGAAACAAUAGAUUACUUCCAGCAAUCAGACGUUGGCAACUUACCCGACCUGCUACAGGCACCUCAGCAGCACUCGGAGGAAGAAGAUGAGACGGACGUUGAUGACGACAUGCAAAUGGAAAUAGACGAUGACACGGGGUCCUCGGAGAAGAGCAAGGAGGAUGACCUGAGUAUGGAGAACCAUGCAACACUAGAGCGGCUGCGGCAGAACCAACGGCAGGACUACCUGCGCGGUUCAGUCUCGGGCUCGGUGCAGGCCACCGACAGGCUCAUGAAGGAGCUCAGAGAGGUGUACCGGUCGGAAAGCUACCGGCGAGGCGUCUUCUGUGUGGAGCUGGUGAAUGACAGCCUAUAUGAGUGGAAUGUGAUGCUGCGCAUUGUGGACUCUGAUUCGCCACUGCACAGUGACCUGACCCUAUUGAAGGAGAAGGAGGGCAAGGACCACAUCUUGCUCAACAUUCUGUUCAAAGAGAACUACCCCUUUGAGCCACCCUUCAUCCGCGUCGUCAACCCCAUGAUCUCGGGUGGAUACGUGCUAGGCGGCGGUGCCAUCUGUAUGGAGCUGCUGACGCGGCAAGGCUGGAGCAGUGCCUACACUGUUGAGGCCAUCAUCCUUCAGAUAGCUGCCACCCUGGUCAAGGGCAAAGCCCGCAUCCAGUUCAGUGGCAACAAGGUGAGCUAAUGUGCUGUUGUGUAACUUC